AGUCAGCGUCUAUGGGCGCCGAGUGCACACCACUCGACGGCGGGCUAAAAUCCCCCUCUUGUAACCGCGGUGUGUUUUAUAUAAAACACUAUUUUUAUUUAAGAAGUUUUAGUGUCUACAGUACUUUGCAGGCAUCAGAAAUUUUCCAACGGCUUAACAAUCCAGUUCUAAAUUGACUGAAUUUUUUUCACCGGACGCAAUUCAAAACAUAAACAAUAAAUAUGGUUUAUUCUUCAGAUUUCUACACUUCCCGCAGGCCUGCGUACUACAAACCGGCUAGUUCUUACUCAGUAACUGUAAGUUUUUUUUUUCUACCAUCACUUUAUUAAUAUUAUGAUUAUAAUACGCCUAAUUUACUUUAGAAAUAAUUAUUAAUAUAGUAGAGUUUAAACAUUUAACCGUUAGCAAUUAUUGACAAUUAGCUAUUGCAGUAUCUAUAUAAAUUAAAAUGAUUUUAAAUUACUACCGGAUACCAAUUACCGUAAUCAUCGGUGCUGUCUUAAGACUUGGUUUUAGCAGAAUCCAAAAUUAUUAUUCACGAUUAUUAUUUUUUUUUUUAAGUUACCCAUCAGCAAACAAUAAAUUCCAUUGUUUAUAAUAAUACCUACAGUUAGGUAUAUAUAUUUAUUAAGUGUAUACAGUAUACCUAUCAAAUAAUCAACAAGGGUGUAAUAUUGGAUAUAUAUUAUAUUAGAUAUUAGAUUUCGAGUCGCUUGAAAUUCUUACGACAGCACUGACUUUAAAUUUCCUUUAACAAAAUUAAUUUUAACAAUACAUUUUUGUAGCAAAGACAAUAUACCUAGCUUCUAUCGCAAACGGUUUUAUUAUAUUUUCUAAAUAAUGUACAGUCGAUGGUGUAACAUAAUAUUACUAUAAUAAUUAUAAAUUCUUUGCGAGGGGGGUAUAAUAUUAAAUAGCCGCAUUGAAAAAAAUAAAAAAUCAAUUACAUCUUAUACUAAAAAUAAACAAUAGUUAAACAAUAUUUUGCUGAUAAAUGUAUGAGUGUAUUGCUUAUAAUAUACGAAAAUACGCCAUUGGCUGUAGUGUACUAAAACCGAAAGAAAAUAUAUUAAUAAAAAUUACCUACCUAACAUAUUAUUAUACCUAAAUGCCUAUAUAGUGUGGUUAUAAUAACUUGUACCUAGUUAAGUUAAAGUUUCAAUAAAUCAAAAAACAAUUUUUUUAAAAACAGUGUGUGCAUGUUAGACAAUGAUGACGACCAUAUCGUAUUAUAUAUUAUUUAGGUUUCAUACAAUUUUAGUUAAUUUACAAAAAUACAUAAGUACUCAAUAAAUGCUAUGAUAUUAUAUUACCAACACCAUUAAACCAUUUCAACAUUUUUUACGAAUUUAAUAUUUCAACAGUUAGGCAAUAACUAUAAAUGUAUUUUUACAUGUAUAUAAUAUGUUUAUUUGUAUUAUGGAAUGUUCUCGAAUGUGUAAUUUAUGGCUACCAAUAUUUGGCUACUUGACCAUUUCUGGGGCUCCGCAUUUAUUAAUAACACGAACAUGCCCAUCUAAAUUUAAAUCUGUGAAUUCUCCGAGUUGUUCCUUCUUCCACACGAUAAUUAUUAACUAAAUCAUCAGUUAAUUAUAAUUUGUGUGUAAACAUUUGAAUAUACGUACUAUUUUUUUUUUCUGUAAAUGAUCUUUAUUUGUUAUAUAUUUGCCUAUGUCGAUUUGCAACACAAUCUCGACUAUAUAUUUAAUAAUUAGACAAAUCAUAGCAAGCGUGUAUAAGAUACAAAAAUAAUUUUAAAAUAUUGGAACCUACCUCGACUUUUUAGGGAUUUUUUUCUUUUUUUAAAUUACUUACUAUUAGGUAUUUUAUAGUUCAAUGAAUUCAAGUUGAUAUUUUUUGUACAUACUUAUACUGGCUAUACUGUUUAAACGAUAUUUUAGAUUCUGCGCGUAGUGAGAAAUGUAUUGGUUUUACAAUGAUUUUUAUUUUAUUUUUUAUAUUUUUCUGUGGACAAAUUUUCUACCAGCAAUUUUGCUCCAAUUUACAAUGAUAAUACUUUUUCUGAGAGGAAAUCUUACUGGGGUGGUUAGAUAUAAAUUAAAUUUCUCCUCUACAUUCACAACUUCUCACCUAAAACAGUGGCCCACCCACAUGCGAAGUAUGUCCCCCUUUUUUAUUAUUAUUUUGAUUAGGUUUUUUUACUUUUUAUUACACAAAGAUAGGACUUUUUCAGUAUAAGUAAUAUAUUUUAUAAGCUCAUGACGAAUUUUGAGCGGUAUAUUUUUUAAACUAACAAAUAUUCUUAUUUAUUGACACAAUAUAUACGGGUAAUAAAUACAAUAGUUAAGAUGGAAAAGAUUUCAGAUUGAUUUUAAGUGCAUUAUAUCCAUUUUUAGUUAUCUAUAUAUAUAAGACACAUAUUUUUAAUUACGUUUAAAUUAAAUAUAUUUAUAUUAAGCAUACGAUAGGCAGAUGCGUAGCCAGGGGAGGUCAAGAGGGAUGUUAUAGCAUCUCCCAUUGGCUAUGUUUACGUAUACAUAUUAUUAUACAAUUUAAUUGUUAACUACAUAUAACGACUUGGUACAAUUAUUUCUUUUACUGUCGAAUCCUGAGAGAAUGUAUUUUAUGCUGAACCAUAUGAAAACGUAUUUAAGGAAGAGCAUUAUGUCAGAAAACAGACUCAAUGGGUCGAACAUGAUUAAUAUAUAAAUAAAAAAAGAAGACAUAAAUGAAAAUUGUAUAAUUACUAUACCUAACGUCUUUGCUUGAAAUUCUCCUGGUUGUUGAAAGGUGUAUAUUCUGUAUACUAUAGUAUAUUGUUAUUUAUUAUAAGAUAUGCCUAGGCAUUAUAUUCUCUUUUCAUUAUUAAGUUUUUUUUUUUUUUAGAGCAUUACAUUUAAAUGCAUAUUGUCGAAAAUACUUUUCUAUUUUUUUUUUCGAGGGGGUGCUUACCUAUAUAAGGGCUUGCCCAUGAUUCGAGCAAAAACUUAUUAAGCUCCCUCCCCCAGUACAAAACCCUGGCUACGCGACUACGGGUGUAUAGGUACACACGCGCGUGUUUGGUUAUAUACCUUCUUUCCUCGCGUAUAAGAUUAAUAUAAUACGUAGGUAACAACGGACGUAAACUGCCCAAUUUUCCCAUAUUAUAAAAUAUUGUACACGGGUAGAUUGACUUAUCAGUGUGUGUGGGUGUAUGUGUGUUAUAGCUAGAGCAGCACCGAGAACACGGGCAACCCAAACCGGCCGCGUUUACCAGAAACACGGUCCGUGUCCCGUGGCACAAGGUCCCCAAUGUUCCCCGUCCUAGUCAGGUCGCGUUACCUUAUCUAGUAUUCGGUCGAAAAGGCGAUAUAAAUCAAAUACAACGGGAGUUCCUCGGCGCCGGAAACGAGACGGACGUCGAAACGGAAACGAAAGCGUUGAUUAAGUCUGCGCUGGCUCGCCGGCACCUGCACGAAACCGAAACCAUACCGUCAAAGAACCGUCUGAACCACCACCGCGUGGACACCGAAGGCCACGAGGGACACACUCGCAGGAGAAUCCUGUUCAGCUCGUUGCCGCCGACGUACUAUCGUUAUUGACGGCCCUAUAUACAUAAUAAUAUAAAACGAAUACACGCACAGAAUACAUUUUUAUAAUACCUAUAUAAUUAUUAUAAACCGUAAAUGCAUAAAACAAUCAUAAUUUUUAUUAAAAUACCAAUUUUCAAAAAUAUCAAAUAAGUUUGUUGACAUAACGUUAUUAUAGUUUUCACGCGGGGGUAGGGGACUCUAAUAUUUUAGUGUAUAAUGAAACCAUUACCCAUUUUGUAUGAUAUACACAUUGGUUGAUGGUGUUGGUAAUAUUUAUUUAAUACGCAUCACGAUUAAGUAUACGACAUUAUUUUAUAAUCGAAUCGGUCAUUUGAACAAACAAAGAAAUUCACCGUUCUUGAUAAAACGGGAUUAUGAUGGAUGUCUCAAGAUAAAUACGAGUUUCCGGCGGGGACACAAGUCACUUAAAAUUAAUUUUUGUUUAGAGUACCUUCUAUAAAAAUAAACUUGUCAAUUUCUUAGCCGUGUUCGACUAUUUGAGCUUAUUUUCCACACAUUUUGUAAUUAUUAUCAUUCAAAUUUGGUUUCUCAAAUGGCCGAUUCAAUUUAUUUACGAUUAUUAAGUUAUUACUUAUUAGCGCAGAUAUGGACGUAAUACCAAUAAUGGCUAUUAUUAUAUAAUAUUUAUAGAGAUAUGAGUGUUUAUGAUAUGGUAUCGAGACAAGAAUAAUUGUUUUUUUUUCUUUAUUUAUUUACGUAACGUUUUUCGGUUAUUUUACUUAUUAUUUUUUUUUUACUAAUAGAUAUUAUAAUAUAAUAUAAUCGUAUUAUACCUAUUAGUGUUACAAUGUAUACAUUUUAAAAAGACAGUAUAAAACAAAAAAUGCGUGCGCGUUGUGUUUUAUAUGUAUAUAGACGCCCAGCAGAUAUUCUGUGACGUCGUCGUACAGUACGCCUGCUCCGGUCGAAAGCAGAAGACAAUACGAAUAUCACACCGAGCAGCGCAUCGAAUCUUCGGGGCGCCCGGGCUCUAACUAUACCACGGAGAAGACGGUCCGCACUAGCUCGUCGUCGGACGGCCGUCCCGGCGGUUACCAUUCUUCGUACUCGUCCACCACGACCGGUCGGUUGCCUGGAGGCACCCCGACUUUCCGUCACUACUCGUAUCGCGUCUGAUCGGUUGACCGGCGUCGAGCAGAGAACCCCCCCCACCCCCCGGGACGCUGAAAAUGAAGAAAAAAAAAUUUAAAAAAAAAAAACCCAUCAUAAUAACGAUAUUAUACGCCCGUCAUAAAAUAUAUAUAUAUAUAUAUAAUAUAAUAUCCAAACAUACGGCCCAUGCCCCAUACGCACGAUAUAGUACGCUCAAUGACGUACAUAAAAUUAUUAAAAACCAUCACCUAUACCUACACUAAUCGGAUAUAUUAUUUUAACCGGUAUAAUAUUAUGGUCGAUACUAUUGUUGUUAUACACACAGUGUAUAACGAUAUUUUACACAAUACGCACGCACGCAUUUUUAACGAUGAAACUAUCACACCGAUAGCGUAUUACCUAUAUGUUCGAAUAAUAAUAUUACAGUCAUUGCUCGUAAACAAUACGUACACCAAAAAAAGCAACCAAUAUAUUAUAUUAUAUACCUAUAGGAUUAAUUUAUAUAACAUUUUAAUAUUGAUACCUAUACACCUUAAUCUCGUAUAACAAAACGUUCGUUACCAAUCACUAGUACCUAUAUCUAUAUAUUAUUAUUACCUAUGCUACCUAAUACAAAAAAAAAAUAAAUAUUUGCUAUAAUUUAUUUUUAAAGGUAAUAUAGUAUAAUAUAAUUUAUUUCGAUAUUGUCGUUAUCGUAGUUAUAAUAAUAAUAAUGUGUAUUGUUGAUAUUGAAAAUAAAUAUAAUUUAUUGUAAAAAACAAACUUAAUAAUUUAUGUGUGUUCGUAAUUAAUUUUCGUUCGACUUGGUUCCUGUAAUAUUAUAUUAUAAUUUAUAAUGUACCUAUACAAAUGAAAAUAUUAUUUUAUACUUACAGCCACUAUACUCGUCCGAUGGUUAUGAUUUACCGCCUACUUACUAUAAGGUAAUUUUAUAAAUAUUAAAUAUAGAUAGGUACAUACAUAAGAUACAUAUCCGUUCCAAAAAUAGUUGUUUUUUACUGCAAGUAUAAUACAAAACACUUAUAUGUAAGACGACUGCAGCUUCUGUAGAAUUUUAGAUAGGUACCCAAUGAAAUAAGUUUUCCAUAGGCAUUAUCAAUUCGUACUUUACCUAAUAACUGAUAAAAAUACAUUUUAAAUAAUAUACUUUAAGGGAGACCCCCUUCUUUUAAAUUGCCACUGAGUUAUACCCAGUAAAGUAGGGAAUCAAGAGAGUACGUAAUAUUUACAUAAAUAUAAUAUAUGUUUAAUGUUUUUGUAUUAUAUUAGUAUUUUCGAACUACCUAUUACUUUAAAAAUUUAAGAAAGAUAUGUAGAUGAAAAGUUACUUAAUCACCUACAUAAUUUAAGCAACACCAUUCAAUUUAAUUUUAAUAAGUUAAAUCAACAUUUUAUUUGAUAGGUAGUGUUAAAAUAAUUAUAAAGAAAAACAAAAAUAUAAAUAUUUUUUUCCUACAGUAACAACCUAUCGAGAUAUAUUAUAAUACGUUACAAAUUUAAAAAAUUUAAAAAUUACAUUAUUGUAUAUAUAAAUCACUUAUAAAUUGCUACUAUAAAUACCUAUGUAUUUAUAGUAGUGUCCAUAGUAAUGAUCACUGAUCACUAUACACUUAGUAUAUUUUGAAGGGGGCUUAUUUCUCUGUUCUUACGGUUUGAGGCGCUUAGUCCCUCAAGUCCCUCAUUUUCGUCUAUGGCUUGAUUGUUAUUGAACCAUUGCAGUGUAGGGUGAGUGGGAGGCGAAGGGGACGACCAUUCCCCCCUUAAGUCGUGUGAUGAUCUUUUUUAUUAUACAAAAUAUUCAUAAUUCUUAAGUACAAAUAAGUAAAAAUGCAACUGGUUCCAUAUGCCAUAAAGAUGAUUCCCGGACCUUGGAAAAACUUUGAUUGAAAUAAGAAUGACACACAUCUCAUUUAUACAUUUUAAAAAAUAUUCUCUCAAAGGUGAGAUAAAAUUAUGGAAAAUUAAGUGGAAACAAUCAAUUUGCAAAGGUAUAAUAAAAUAAUAUAUUUUCAGAAAAAAAAUUGGAAAUGAUUAAUUUAAUUUAAAUUUUAGAUUCCGAGUGUAGUGAAGAAUGUACCUAUUGGAUUUACAAUGAUGUUUUUUAUUUUUUUAAUACUGUGACAAAAAUUUGUACCAGAUAUCUUGAUUCAAUAUGUAAGUGUACCACCUUUUUUGAAAGAAAAUGUUGUCAUAAUUACUAGAAUGACUAGAUGGUAGUAAAGGAAGGUCAUAUCAGGAAACUCAGGAUAAAACGUAAAAAGAAUGGGAAAAUGUACAAAAAUAAUGUUUUUACAAUUUUAAAUUUUGUUUUUUAUUGUAGUUCACUUAAAAAUAUCCGUAGAGACUUGAAAUUCGGACAGAAAACUUAUAUUUGCCUUUUCUCGACGUGGUAAAAUUGUUGAGCAAUGUAUAGACAUUUUAAUUUUGCGAGUUUUGUACGUAAUUUAUAUUUUGUAGGUACUAUGUGGAUAAAUUUUUAGACCCAACAGAAAUGCUUGAGAAUUCAAUAUGAAGUUCAUUAAAAGUCAUAUUUUGUGGUAAAAAAAAAAAUUUGAUCAGAGACCUAACGUUUAUCACUUUUAAAUAUUCAUCGAAAUGAAAACAUUAAUAUAGAAAAUAUUGAUGAUAAAACUGCUCGAAAUACACUGUUCAAAAUAAAAGUAUUUUGUACUUGGUCAUCUAACUUAUAAUAAUAAUAAUUAUUAUUAUUUUAGAUUCCAAGCGUAGCGAGGGGGCUAAUAGUUUUACAAUGCUGUUUAUUUUUUUUCUUCUUCCUCUUUGUUCUAGUCUGUGGACAUGUUUUUCUAGUAAAUUUGCUCCGAUGUACAAGUGUAGCACUUUUUCUGAAAGCUCAAGUUGUCUAACUUGUACUCUUGUACUUUGAAGAAGUCAUUUUUUGAUUUUCGAUGCCAUUUUUUAAAUAAAAGCACUUAAGUGGGAAAAAACGUAGGAAAACGUACUAUUACACAAUUUCAUUAUUUUAUAAAAACACGGAAGACGUUUUCUACCUGAAUAACGGCCGUUUCCUGUUAUAUAUUAUCUUUCAACGUUUCUAGGAUCCGCGGCUUCUCAAUAUAAAAUCUAGACUUCAAAUAACUGCACAGUAAAGAGUCUGGAGGCGUUAAGUUGGGUAAUCGCGGAGGUCAGUCAAAAUCAUUAUUUUUUGAAAUUAAUUGUUUGAGAAACAAAGGACGCAAUGAAGCGAUCAUGGCUCGAGCUGUAUGACCUAUGGCGCCAUUUUAUUGAAACCAAUAGUUGUUCAUGCCAUUAUCAGUCAGAAAUGAAAUUAAAAUAUCCGUUAUCAUGGCCCGAUAACGUUCUCCAUUGAUGGAUACGGCAGCUUCAACAUUUCCUUCGAAAAAAAAACGGUCCAAUGGUUGUUUUCGCAAAAACUCCUGCCCAAAAAUCACGCGUUGAUUGUUAAGAUGCUGUUCGUAGAUUAAUUGAGGAUUUUAAAUGGCGUAGAACCAACAUUUUUGUUUAUUUAUGGCCCCAUUCAAUCUUAAAUACUUCGAAAAGUGAUAGGAAAUUCCGAAAAACGAGAAAUGCCAUUCGCUCUGAAGGCGACUAUUUAGACGGUAUAAUUUUUAAAAAGUGAACAAAUUUCCAAAAUAAACGAAAAAUUGUUCAAAAUUAAUAAUUUAUGUUUUAUUUUAUAAAAUUAUUACCAAAAACCAUCCUGAAGAUUUAAAUGACCUACUCUGUUUAAUAAUAAUAACAAUAACAAUAAUUUAUAGUCUAAGAGUAAUUCUUCGAGUAGAGUGCCUCAACAUUAAGCACUGACUCUGGUUUAACUUCAAUAGUUCAAUGUCUGUAUGUAUGUUUAAAAUGACCAUUCCAUUAUGUUUCUGCUGUCUUGUAGUAUUUCUUAAAUACGUUUUUAGCCUCCUAAGUGUAGAAAAUAAUAUUUAUGAUGAUAGUUGUUAUCACUUAUUCAUACACAAUGUUAGAAAAUUAUGUUUCAAACCGGUAUGAAAAUCAUACAAUUACGUACUACGUAAAAUUCUUAAAAAACUAAUAAACAUAUUUCGGGGGGGUCAUAACCCCCCCUCCUAGUUGUGCCACUGGGUCAAUUUAAAAGUUUAUAAAUUUCAUGAAAUUGAAUACCUAUAAAUUUAAUCUAUUAUGAUUAUAAUUUAGUUAAAUUUAAAAAUAAAUAUUAUAUUCAAAUCGUUAAUAUCGUAAUCGAAAUGUUAUAUUGUACUCAUCAUCAGAUUACAAUUUGGGGGCACGUAAAAUAUUAGAAUAUAUAGGUGUACGUAUGUAUUUAUAUGUAUAUUAUAUACUAUGCGGUUUCUACAAAACACUAGGUAGUUUAGGUUAGGCAUAAAAGCGAUAGAAAUAAAAUAAUAAUAAUAUAUAAUGCACUAUUAGAUAAGAUAAUAGAUACCUACCUACUUAAAUCCUCAUUCCUCGUACAUUACUAUUAUUGUUUUAAAACGUGCUAUUCAUCUUUCAGAUUUAUUAUUGAUUAUCAACCAAUGAUUUGUUGGAUUUUGUUUAGUUAAUUAGUUGUGAAUCUUAAUACAUACAACUAAUUUUCUAUUAUAAAAAAUGCCGCCCCAGUUUUAUUGAAUAUGUUUCCGUCUUUAAGAAAUAGUCUAUCCUGCUUGUGCCCUAGCAAUGCCCCCCCUCCCAUAGUCAAGAUCUGGAGAUGCUCCUGUUGCAGUGAUUGGUGAAUGUUAAAAUACCAAAAUAGUUAAUAUAGAUACUUAAAAUAUGAACCUAUAUAUAAUUACGGGUGCGGCAGUUAAUUUAAAAUAUGAAAUGUCUAAAAUUACCCGUUUGUAUUCUGUAGGUAUUGAAUAGAUAAGUAGGUAUAUUUUUUUUUAAAUAGUAAUAAAUUAAUAUAAUUAGGCGCAUCAAGUGUAUCAGACGUGUACGACACCUGCUCCGUUCAUUCUAACACCGCCAUUAUCAACCGGAAAACCUUCUCCAAAUGUUUUGCCUUAUAAUGGAUAUCCGUAUUAUCAUCAUCAGUACACACCGUUGCAUAGAAGAUCUGCAGCUGCAAUUCAUGGUGUAUUAGAUAGAAUAGAGCAUCGUCCGAGAUCACAUCCGUCAUACGAUCCCACCGACGAAUUCUUGAACUCGAGAAGCGCUACAGUAAGAUCCGUAAUUUAUACAUUUAUUAUAAUUAAAUAGGUAUUUAGUAAUUAUUUAGUAGACGUAUCUAUUCAGACAGUAAUAUAACGUUGUUUAAAAGUUUAAUAUGAAAAAAAUACAUCGUAAUUUUGGCAGUUUUAAUGUUAUUAGACCUUUGACGACGUAAAAAGGGAUAUAAGGGCACAGACCGCUGGAUUACUUAAACAAGUAUAUACACCCACAUUCAGACCGAAAAUGUCUUCAGUAUCGAAUACCUAUAGUGAAAUGCCUAUAGCACAACGUAUAGAAUCUGAUGCUUACAUUGAAAAAAUACUCGCUGAUUCGGAUUCGUAUCGCCGUGAAAACAACAUUGGUAUAAUAUUAUUUAAUUAGUAAUUACUAUUACAUAUAAAAAAUAUUAUUAAUAUGUAUUACAUAAAAUUACUUAAUAUUCUAUAGUUGUUUAAAUAUAUAUUUAUAUUUUUUUAAGGAAAAGGACAUUUAGCCUGCGUUUCAUAUGCCGGUGGCAAAGCAUAUCCAAGAAGAAGACCACAUUUAUCAACAGAAGUCGAUGAUAAUAUUACUAUGUUAUCGUAUUACAAUAAAACGAGAGAGGCCGCUGCUGCAUCUUCACCACGUUCAUCAGUAAAAAUAAGCAAAGCAGAAAAACAGUAUGACAAAAAACCAUUAUCAGAACAAAGUGAAAACGAAUCGGUCGAAACAGUUCGGCUAGCUGCAAUAAACGAAGCAGCAAAAGAAGAAGAAGCUCGAUUAGUUGCUGAAAAGGAAAAAACUGCAGCUUUGCUAAUCGCUGAAAAAGAAGCUGCUCGGUUAGUAGCUGAAGAAGAAGAAGCGAAAAUAGAAGAACGACGAUUGGCAUUAGAAAAGGAAGCUGACGAGAAAGCUCGAUUGGUAGCUGAAGAAGAAAGGGCAGUCCAGUUAGCAUUGGAAAAGGAAGCUGAAGAGAAAGCUCGAUUGGUAGCUGAAGAGGAAAGGGCAGUCCAGUUAGCAUUAGAAAAGGAAGCUGAAGAGAAAGCUCAAUUAUUAGCCGAAGAGGAAAGUGCAGCUCAGUUAAAGGCUGAAAAAGAAUAUGCUCGGUUAGCAGCUGAAGAAGAAGAACACAGAUUAGCAAUAGAAAAAAAGGCUGAAGAAACAGCUCGAUUGGCUGUUGAUGAAGAGGAACGCAGUUUAACAUUAAAAAAAGAGACCGAUGAGACAGCCCAAUUAUUGACAUUAGAGAAGGACUCCGAAGAUCCUGACAAAUCUGAACAAGUGGAUAAUGAAAUCACUUUCGAGGAAAUAAUUGAAGUAUCGGCAGUGAGUAUCUGUGAAUUGGCUGAAAGUACACCGGGAGAUAUUGAUGAAUUAGAAAUCAAAGACACUAAUAAUGAAGAAUUCGAUACUGAGCCUGAAGAAGUAGCUCAAGCGGAAGGACAAGAAUCAACUGAGGAGGAAGACGAAUCGGAAGACGAAGACGAUUAAAACAAAAAAAAAAAAUUAAUCACACUAUAAUAUAUUUAUAUUUAUACAAUUUAUUUAAAGAUAAAUGUUUAUUUAAAUAUUAUUAUAAUUUGUAGAUUAAAUUUCUAUGUGGUGUGUUUUCGAAGUACUACAUAAAAAUUAAUUGUUUGCAGUAGACUUAAACAAUUAUUGGCAUUUAACAACAUCAUAGAAAUUAAAGUAUUCUGCAGUAUCUAUACUAUCGUCUACUUGUUAUAAUAAUAUUCUAAAAUGUUUAAAAUAUUUAAAAAAAUAAUAACAAUAAGAUUGAAUUACGAAAAUAAUUUUAAUAAAUACCAUCCUAUGGUUUUUAUAUGCAAUAAUUUAAUUUUUGAGCUCUGAUUAUAUUUUAAUUAGAAAUCAACUGUUUUAAAU